AUGUCGACGCCAAUACUACCAGUAUACUUUGAGUUGAGCUGGUCGAUUCUCAGCACCAUUGGCGCUGCGAACGUGUUCUUCGGACUCCUCAUCGUCGGGAUCACGACCUUUUCUCAGAUCACUGUGGUACCGAUCAUCUCAUCGGCGGCGGGAGCCAUCGCAAAUGGUCUUUGCUACUACGCAUACUAUGACGAAGGGUACGGGUUGAAGAACAAGGCAGCCGCUUCAGCGUUCGGGGAUCUCUUCUGGCUGAUCCAGGAGGUCGGGCUAUCGUUUUAUAGCUACGUGCUCCUGCGCAGGAUACUGAAAGAUCGGGGAUGGAGGAUCUUCAACAGCCUGUUUUGGAUCAUUGUCGCCGCCCUCGUCGCGCUUCGGAUCAUGAUCGCCACCUCGCGCGUCAAGUUUAUUCUCCGAGGAAACACGAAUCUGCAGAGCACGGUAAACAAUCUUCACAUCGCCUACUUCGUGCUCAUCGCAGCGCUGGAAUGCGUAAGCGCGUUCUUUCUACUGAAGACAUUUGCCGAGGUCAAAUCGACGUCGAUCCGAGCGGCAUUGAAAGGUGGUCUGUUCAAGUAUCUCAUGAGGAGUACGGAGGUCCGACUUGCAACGCUUGCUAUCCUUGGAACGAUGAGGGCCAUCACGUACUCAUUUCAGAUGACGGCUCAGAGCGCAACGAAUGCCGCGAGUCAAUUGGAUAGGUUUGCAUACACGUUGGAGUGUCUAUUUCCCGUCGUCAUGUUCAUCGAUGUGCUGGCAUCCAAGUUGGUCUUCACAACUCAGGUGUACGAUCCGACUUGUCCAAGCCGCCCGGUUUUCCGAGGGAUCACCACGGGCAGGAAGCCGGAGGACUGGGAUCCGGUGACGCAGCAGAGCGAGAGGGUAAUAGAAGUCCGCGGCGGCAAGCGGACAAGUUCGCAGGUGAACAUACUCAGCAGCAGUGGACAUUCGAGAUCCGACGUCGACCUUGAGCGAAUAGAAACACCAAAACCGCUGGGAGGAAUCAGCAAGACUGUCGAGAUUAGUGUAUGGCGCUCUGAUCCGGUAAAUCAGCAACGGCCGGUCCAUGUCAUGACAUCGCCAUGA